GGAAAGAUAUAUGACGUUUGCAACUUCCUCAGUCUUCGAAUUUAUCUUCCUUCAUAUUUUGAAGAGAUUAAGUUUCUGGAGAAGCAUUUGUUCCACAAGCCAAACUUCUGGAGAAACUGGGUUCAUAGCUUCAUGGCAACAACGAAGAAACCUAAACGUUAUACGAGUUGUCCAGCAGAAUACAAUCAAGACGUAGAAAACCCAUGUGUUUCAGGCCGACAACAGAAACCUCAUUAUCAUUGCCAUAUUUGUAAAACAUUUACUGCUUUCAAGCCAAAGAGCAUUACCACACACAUAGAAUUAAUUCAUGGAGAGACGCAUGCCUUGCCGACCUCAUCGAUGACCGCUAAAAGGGAACAAAUCAACGUCAGCCAGAUGGUUACCGAAGAUGGUGGAAGCAGAACUUUUGAGGAAGCCAUUUCGACGGCAAGUCAGCCUGGAGAUUCCAACAAUAACGAAAUUGAGGAAGACAGUAAUUUGCAAUGUCAAGAACAGUUACCAGAAGACACCGAUAACGUCGUCGCUAUUAGAGAUGACGGCUUUGAAUAUCGAGGUUUGUUUUACCUGAUUGCUUCAACCUGGUUUUUGAAAUUUCAUUGCAGUAGCUCUUAG